CAACCCUCGCGAGGUUUUCCCCAACUUUGACAGAAGAGCAGAUGGCACAAAUCGCUGCUAUAGAAACAUAAGCAAAUGUAGCAGCUGUCCGCCGUUAAUAUAUCCGUGAAUAGCAUAUUACGUUUCCUGCCGCGCUAGAAGAACCAAACAAAACAAAGAGCAGAGGCAAGAUAGAAAAGGAGAGAAAAUGCCUGGAUCAGAGGCGCAUACCUUCCCGACAGAGAUUAUUCUCCCUUGUAAAAUGAAAGCAGAGACAAGCAAUUGCUGGUGAUCCAGCCUGUGUACAGACAAGAAGACACCAUGGUGAGACAUUGUGUCAGCAUCUCACUAUGGCUCUUGGCUUUUCUGUUGCUCCAUCCAGCAGCAGGGCAGGAUGAACUGGUGGUGUCCACAAGCAAGGGAAAAGUCCGUGGGGUAAGGCUCCCUGUGCCUGGCAGCAAUGGCUCUGUGGUGGCCUUUCUGGGAAUUCCCUAUGCGAAGCCCCCUGUGGGUGUGCUCCGUUUCAGUCGCCCAGAGCCUGCUGUGGAGUGGGGUAGCAUCCGAAACACGACCAGCUUUUCUAAUUCCUGCCUGCAGUACGUGGACGCAACAUUCCCAGGCUUUGCUGGGGCUGAGAUGUGGAAUCCCAACACCAGGCUCAGCGAGGACUGCCUUUACUUAAAUGUAUGGACUCCUAGCAGACUUCAGGACCCCAGCCAGCCCUUGGUCCCUGUCAUGGUAUGGAUCUAUGGAGGCAGUUUCUCCACAGGCACCGCCUCCUUGGACGUGUAUGAUGGACGGUACCUCAGCCAACUGGAGCAGGUCGUGGUGGUUUCCAUGAACUACAGGGUGGGAGCCCUGGGCUUUCUGGCUCUCCCAGGCAGUGAGGUUGUCCGAGGCAAUGCAGGCCUGUUUGACCAAAGGCUGGCUCUGAGCUGGGUCACAGAGAAUAUUGCAGCCUUCGGGGGAGACCCAUCCUCCGUGACUCUUUUUGGGGAGAGCGCUGGCGCAGGGUCUGUCGGGCACCACGUGCUUUCCUCCGGCAGCCACGGUCUGUUCAGUCGCGCGGUCCUACAGAGCGGCACCCCAAAUGCUGCCUGGGCAGCUGUGGAGGCAGCUGAGGCCUGGAACCGCUCCUUGACCCUUGCCCAGCUUCUGGGCUGCCCGCUUGGGCCUUCUCCCGAUGAAGGGCUGGCCUGCCUACAGGCUGCAGAUCCAGAGAAGAUCAUUGCGCUCCAGUUCGAUGUAGUCCGUGACUCCAUGAUUAUAAGUGUGCCCUUCCCUCCGACAGUGGACGGUGACUUCCUUCCGGACAUGCCUGAUGUCUUGAUCCAGUCCGGACAUUUUUUGAAGACCAAUCUUCUGUUAGGCCUGAAUAAGAAUGAAGGCCCCUACUUUCUGAUAUAUGGUGCCAGGGGCUUUAGUAUCCACCACCAGAGCUUGAUUAGCAGAGAGCAGUUCUACCAGGGGGUCGCCAACAGCCUCCCAGACUUCAGUGAGAUGGCGCAGGAGGCCGCCGCCUUCCAGUACACAGACUGGACAGAUGAGCUGAGUGGGCAAAAGAACAGAGAUUCCCUGGGCUGGUUGGUCGGAGACCGCUACUUCUCCUGUCCUUUGCUCGACUUUGCCCGCAAGUACGUGGAGCACGGAGGCAAUGUCCGACUGUACCUGUUUGGCCAUCGCUCCAGCUCCAACUCCUGGCCUGAGUGGAUGGGGGUGAUGCAUGGGGAUGAGAUCGAGUUUGUGUUCGGGAUUCCUAAUAACCAUUCUCUUGGCUACACCGAGCAGGAAGUUGCCAUAAGCAAGAAGAUGAUGAGCCACUGGGCAAACUUUGCUAAGACUGGGGAUCCGAGUGUUGACGGAUGGGCAUGGCCGCCCUUCACCGUGGAGCAGCAGGAGUAUGUCACGCUGGAUGGCCGGCCCCCGCAAGCUCUCAGGAUGCUCCGAGCCCAGCAGUGCAAGUUCUGGGACAGCUUCCUACCUAAACUACAGCACGUCACUGUGAGUAUUGAUGAAGUGGAGCUACAGUGGAAGAGUCAGUUUCAUCGCUGGCUUUCUUACAUGCUGGACUGGAAGAAUCGAUUUAAUGACUACAGCUCAGUGAAAAAGCAGCAGUGUGCGAACCUUUAACGUGGCCAUGCUUUUCUUCGUCAGCCCUGGCUAGUGUGCUUUACAAGUCAAUAAGACCACAAAAGCCAAUGCGUGCGCAGGCCAGGGAACUCUCUGUAUUCUUGUGUAUGAUCCGACUACAGGCAUACAUGCAUCUUUUUAAGUAUGUGCCUUGUUUUUCUCCAGUCGCACAAUCAAUAGGCCUCAAGCAAGACUUGUUUUUUUGCUUGGCAAGUGGGUCAGAUGUUGCAGAGUUUAUAAUGGAACGUUUUCUUAUUUUUCUUUUUAACAUUUAUUUUAAACUCUUUACAUUUAUGAUACAUGUACUUAUUGAUUCCUUUGUACAUAUUGCUUUGAGUGAGAAAUGAAUUUCACAAACUGUAUAUGUGAGUUGGUUUUUGUUUUUUUUUAAGUUGCAGUGUAUUCUCUUGGUUGUUUUGUGUGAUGAGGAACAGACAUGCAUUCCUUUUCAGUUUUCACUUUUUUAUGUUCUUUUUAGUUUAGUGUAAAGACAAUUAAAAGAGCCAGUGUAGGGUAGUCAUGUGCCAUUGCAAUCAAACCUACCCCCUUUCUCCCACAGAGGAGGAGAACAUUCCAGUCGAUUUGUUUCUGUUAAAUGCCACAGAUAAGGGUUAUGUUCUACAGUUAACCAACACAACACUCCUACAGGGCCACUACUACAGGCAUUUUUGUCCUAUAAAUAGCUUGUAUGAGAAGUUUUGAGAGAAUAUGGUGCUCAUUUUAUCAAAUUAUCUCUAGAAAUGAACAAAAUUUAAAAGUGGUCCAAAUACAUGGACUAAUAGACUAAAUUUGACUUUUAUUCUGCCAUUCUGCCAUGGCAUUCUAAAUCACAACAGAAGCCAUUACUUUGACUGACAGGCUCUGAUGCUACACACUGCCACUGACGUUAUAUAAAGUGACAAAUUAGACUUAAAGUUUAUUUAUGUCAUGCAAGUUUUAGUCAUUAAACCGACUUUAUGUCAAGCCAUCACGUGACGGUACGUACAUUAAGUGGUUGUGUGAACAACAAAAGCUUUGAGCUUUGGCAGCUCUUGGCUUUAGCCACUCCACCACUGGUGUUGUUAUGGUGAUAUGUUUUCUCUUUCCUCCCUUUGGUGGCAUUUUUAUGAAUGUCACUUCCAGACACCAUGAUAAAAGCAUUUAACCUUAUAUGGAAGUUUUGGGAUGUCAUUUGCUAAUUCAUAGUUGCAAUGAAGACAGAGCAGUGACCACACCCAUGGGAUGAUAUUAUGGAGCCGCUGGGAGUGUGCUCAUAGAUAAAUUAAACCCUCACUGAGGGGAAGGUGUACAAAGCCCCGGGGCAUGGGUGUAACCCGGAAUGAAGGGUGGAUGCAUAAAGAUUAUAUGGAAAGUGAGAUGCACAGGGGUAUAGUCCCCUAACGAGAUGGCAGUGUGACAGAGAGUGUCACUCAGGUGACUGCUUUGACCAGAGAUCUGGCUCUCUGGUCUGGUGGUCAUAGUGCACCUUUACCACAUGGAAGUCCUGAUAAAUUGUCUGCUUGUCCUACACAUUGGCAGAGGGGUAGCUGUUUUAAAAAGGAGAGUUUUUUGUUUUGUUUUGUUUCCAUGUUAUUUUCUACUGUGCCAGAUGUAUGCCAAAAUGUAUAUAUCUAAAACUUCCUCUAUCUAUCUAUCUAUCUAUCUAUCUAUCUAUCUAUCUAUCUAUCUAUCUAUCUAUCUAUCUAUCUAUCUAUCUA